CCUGGGAGUUAUCUAUGGGGAAGGAGCCAUCCGGACCCGCAUCGGCGGGAAAGGGAGAGUCAGCUUCGGAAUCCCGUCCCGGUGGCUGUGCAGUGCGCCAUGACUGACGUACCUGGUAAUUGUGAGUUGCUGUACAGACGGUGGAUCUGGCACCUAGAAUAUGCAGGCCGGCCUGAAGUGUAAAGGAGAAGGAGAUAAUGACACAGAAGGGAGAAAAAGACUUAGAAGAGGAGGUGAGAGAGCAGCUUCUCCAACUUAAAUUAAGAUAUAUUGAUUGGUAUAUGUAUUGGUUUGCUAGAUUCUUACCUUGCUUUUUUCUCAAGGACCUUGAAGCAGCCUCCUUAAGAAAAUCCUUCCAUUUUUCUCUCUCUCCACAACAACAAGAAAGAGGGGAAAUGUGAUAUGGCCUUCAAACAAAGUGACUUUGAGUGGGGUACAGCAAAAAAACAAACAAUAAACCCCUAAAUCCCCCAAAUCAUAUAUUAUUAAAAAUGCUGUACAUGGGCUGGGUACCUUUGGGGAAUUUUUUUGUUUUAAAAUCCUAAUUUGAAUUUGUUUGUUUCAGAACAGUAACAAAGAUUCUUUGGGACAUCUAUAUUUUGGUUCAGUUUUUUUUAAUUACCACAGGAAGUGGAAUGGCUCAAGGCCUUCUUUUAUAUAUAUAUGUGUGCAGUAGAAACAUUCUUUGUUCCAUGCAAACAUUUACCUUUAAAAAAAUAUUUAUCUAAAUGAGUUCAGUUAGUAGAUUAAAGCCGGAUGGAGAUGUCUCCUGCAGUGUCGAAUGUAUGCGCCAGUCGUCAAUUGCAUCACAUAUUAGCAGAUACAAGUCAGAAGAUCGCCUCAAGCAAGCCAGACAGUAUGUGGAGAGAGCCAUCAAGCAACGGAAGAUCUUCAUGGUCCAUGGCCCGUACCCCAUCAUCCGAAGACAGCUUCUUGUCAGGGGCUGGGUGGAGAGGAAGUUCCCAAGGAUGUCGAAAGUUGUCAUCAAGCGGGACCGUUUCCCUGAUGGCGAAGCUGAUGAAUAUGGUGAUGACAGUGAUGUAACUGAUGAUGAUGAGGACGAAGAAGAUGAGCAGGAUGAUACUGAUGGUAUCUAUAACCUCAUGUCAAGGUUGGUUCGUAACCAGAUCCCCUACUUCAUCUGGACCAAUCGGCGAGAUGUGAUUGAUUGUCGCAGCCUGCGCAAGGACCAGAUGAUGAAUCACUAUGCCAAGGCAGGGACCUUCACUACCAAGGUAGGGUUGUGUCUUAACCUGCGUAACCUGCCAUGGUUUGACCAGGCUGAUGCAGAUACAUUUUUCCCACGGUGUUAUCGUCUUGGAGCUAAAGAUGAAAAACAUGCUUUUAUUGAGGACUUCCAACUCACUGCAGCCAGGAGCCUUCUCAAAAUAAUGGUGAGACGAUAUUGGAAGAAGCCGACUUUCCUGACAGCGUUGGAUGAAAAUCAGAAUGAGUGCCUAAGUGGUCGAGGCUCUUCAGAAGCCAAGCAUCGUAACCGCCACAAGAAAGGGGCCAAUUUCUCAGCCCAGCUGAUUGAGACGGCAAUGCAUGCUUGCGAGGAGCACUUGAGCAGCCUGAAACAUCAGGACAUCGACAGAGACUCUGGGUCUCCCUUGCAACUGUCGAAAGGACACUGGAACGACUUCCUGCACAGCUACUAUCAGAUAGCCCACGAAGGGGCCCAGAUGACACAGACAGAUGGCCUCAUUGAGCGCUGUGAGGAUAUCUUGCAGCGGCUGCAAAAAGUCGUCCCACAGCUGGACAUGGAAGGGGACAGGAACAUCUGGAUUGUCAAACCAGGAGCUAAGUCUCGUGGCAGAGGCAUCAUGUGCAUGGACCGCUUAGAGGAAAUUGUGAAACUAGUGGACUGUGACCCCAUGAUUGUUAAGGACGGCAAAUGGGUGGUACAGAAAUACAUCGAGACACCCCUGCUCAUCUUUGCCACCAAAUUUGACUUGCGGCAAUGGUUUUUGGUGACUGAUUGGAAUCCCCUCACCAUCUGGUUCUAUCGGCAAAGCUACAUCCGUUUCUCUACACAGCCCUUUUCCCUACACAAUCUGGAUACUUCCAUCCACCUGUGCAAUAACUCCAUCCAGAAACAUUAUGAGAAUUCCCUGAACCGCCACUCUGAGCUGCCCUCAGACAACAUGUGGUCCUCUGAUCAAUUCCAGAUGCACCUGAGGAAAAUGGGGGCACCCGAGGCCUGGUCCAAGGUGAUUGUGCCUGGCAUGAAGGCGGCCAUCAUUCAUGCCAUACAGACCUCUCAGGACCUCGUGGAGUUCCGCAAAAACAGCUUUGAGCUUUAUGGGGCAGACUUUCUCUUUGGAGAAAACUACCAGCCGUGGCUGAUUGAGAUCAAUGCCAGCCCCACCAUGGCAGCCUCUACGUCUGUCACCACCCGGCUGUGUGCCAACGUGCAGGAGGAUACCUUGCGGGUGGUCAUUGACCGCAAGUAUGAUCGCAAUUGCAACACAGGAAACUUUGAGCUCAUCUAUAAACAGGCUGCUGUGGAGAUUCCCCAGUACAUUGGCAUUAGCCUUUUGGUAGAAGGAAGCACGGUGAAGAAGCCUCAACUUCCAACCCAAAGAAGCCCCCCUCCGGCUAUUGACCCAAAGAACGGCUGCGUUGCUCCACAGCAGCAAAAAGUUCCUAAACUGAUUCACCGGCGCAAUAACCAAAGUCUUCCUCGGGCACCUACCCCAUGCUGGACAGCAGCGAACAACAAGACCGCCGAGCCAGGAGCUCCUGGGAAGGAGAACAAAGUCAAAGAGAAACCCACCCCUAGCAAAGUUGCUCCUUCAGGCUCGGUGAGGUUUAAGCUGCCCAACAAGCUCAAAGCAGAACCCCGUAACCGAAGGUUGCUGAUGGCACACAGUAUGGCUACGACGACUGUCGUGACAGGAGGUACAGCUCAGCUCUGUGCCAAAUCAAGCUCUCAAGAAUUGACUGCUAACCCCCAGGAGCCUACUGCCAAUCAUGCCAAGCUCACCAGUAUGGUAGGUAGGAAGCCGGGCCUGAGGCUACAUCUGCAGGAAAUCCAUACUGUCUCCGGCCUGGCUGUUUCCUGCAGGCUCCCCUGCCUCUUCUGCAGAGAUGGAAAGGCUGUGGCAAAUUUGCAAAGGCUGCGUUACUGUUCCAGAGCUGGGCCUUUACUUCCUGCAGCUCCCAAAUUCUUCUACCGCAAAGCACUCAGCACUUGCCCGGCUCAGGAUCAGCAGCAGCUGCCACCUCUUGUACCAGCUUUUGACAACCAGAUGUCUGUCUUGCCUCCUGUGGGGGGGAAAGAUUCUGAAUCCUCAUUGACUAAUUCUACCCUGGCAGCUGAUUCUGUCUCUUCAUUCUGAUAAAGCAGGGAGGACUUGCUCCAUGGGAGUGGCCCUUAGGAAUUCACCUUGCUUGGCCAAGCCAAAUUUUUUUGUGUUUUUUUUUUGAGUGGUUAAAGUUUUUUUCAAGUUGGUGCUGGGAAUCUCAAAAAAAAUAAGUGUCAUUCAGAAAGGGAAAUUUGACUCCUGCUGUGGCUCUUUCCUGUGAUUGGAGGAUGUUCUGAAGUUCUCGCUCACUGGAAAAUAAGUGGUUUUCUUUUGUGUGACUCCGUUCCUCUUUGACACAAAAGAAGGGAAAUGACUGAAAACCAUGGGAAAUUAUUAUGGGGAAUAAUAAGACUGAAUUCGUCAAAGGCAAAGAAACAUCUGGGCCAUUGAAGCAAAGAAGAGGAGAAAACAGUGUUCCAGAUUCAGUCUACAGGCUGUGCUUGCAACAGAGGAGCCAAUUCAGAAAAUAAUCCUUCAUUCUUCUUCUAAAAAAAAAAAGCAGUUUCUAACAUUGUUUUAAUGAAUAAUUUAUGCAGUUUUAUAGCCUUGGUGGUGCGUUUGAUGCUUCUAAAUGCUGUAUUGGGAGGAGACAGAAAAUGAUUUUGAACGUCCUGUUCCAACAGUGUGGAUAUUUCACAAUAAUUCUAUGGUGCCAUCCAACUUACGUGCCAACAUAAUCACUGCCCAUAUGUGCCUAUGUAUCUGAGUGCGGGGCAGCCAACUCAACCCUCCAUCUUGCCAAAAUACAUCUUUUUAAAUGUGUUUUCUCCAUGGCCCUCCUUUCCCUAACCUUCCCUUCUAUACGAGUCUGUGUUUUCCUACUCUACUCAAUAUUCACCUUCCAUCUUACUUCCUUCAAAUCCACUACACACAAAUGCAGCUCAGCCAUUUGACUCCUUUAUAACAAUCGGAUAUUCACUACGAAAAUGGGCAUCUGCAGAGGCGGCCAGUGAAGAAUGGGGAAACAAUUGGAAACCCAUGCUGGCUGUGGAAUUGUGGGAGUUAAAGCCCACAAAUCUUCAAGCCAGCAAGGUUGAGGAACACUGCUUUAGAGGGAUGACAUCAGCAGUAUAUGUCCUGGAAAAAUCAUCUACAGGACUUAAAAGGUGAAAAGGAUGGCUUUACAUCUCUAGUGGCCCUUGCGCCUGCCUUAACACCGUUUAAGAGUACAACCUGCUUCAAUUUGGUUACUUCUGGUUGGCAGGGCUGUGAGAGGUUUCUGUGGCGAUGCCGAAAAGAUGAUAAGGAGUAUGUGGAGGCAUGCCCGCAGCACUUUUCUGUGAUUCAGGAAAGUAGCCAUGCCCGUUUCCAGAAUACUGGGAAAGGACAUGGCUGCUUUAAUGAGUUGUAGCCAAAUGCAGUGGGAAUGCAUUUGUAACAUUGUACAACUUACUGAUACAGGUAGGACGUACCAUUUGGCCACAGCAGCACAUUACCUUGAAUUGUUUUGGGGGAUUAUAAUCUAAGGUGGAAAGUUUAGAAAUUGCUUGGAUUGCUUCAGCUUGUCACUCAGGUGACAGUGCUAGCAAUUGGAGUGCUAUUAAAUGUUUAGCUGCAGAAAGACGUCGAGAUAUGAGAUGACUCAUAGAUUUGGGGUAUGCUAAACAUGUUUCAAUGAUCACUUUAUUAUAAAUAAGCAUGCUUUUUACUAGGUGUCCCAUAGUUUCAGUUCAGGAUAUGCUCCCACCCAUGGAAAUGCUCCACUAAAGAGAAAAAACUGGCCCAACAAAAAUGACUGGAUUAUAAAUACCAACUUUCCAUUAUUCACACUGACUGGGAAUGAGAUCAAUUCCCACUUCUGUUCUACAUAUUACUGUCCAUAUUUUGAGGCACAAUCUAGGUUAAUUCUUAUCUAGAAAGCUCUAAAUCAAUAAUGAAUCUCCACACUUCCCGAGAAACUGUAUGUUCCUGUGACACGGCAUAUUCUUUUCCUUGCUGUUUCCUCUCGUCUAUUUGUAUUUCUCCUUCAAAAAUAUUCCAACAUUACUAGAACAUUCUAAAAUGGUUCUUUCCAGCCUCACUCCUUUCUAAAUACUUCAGAGCUUUCUCAGCUUCUUCAUAGCUCGAUGCCCUUAACAGCAAUUCAAACUCAUUACUUUGGGGACAUUUUCCUGUUUCUAUAAUUGCUUUGUUUUCAUAUUAUUGUAUUUAGUUAUCAUCAAAAUGGUAGUAAAUGUCAAGAACUCUUGUUUACGCUGGACAUUUGAGCAUAGAAGAAAAAUAAUUGCAAGUUUGCUUUCUUUUAAGCCACUCGCUAAUUUUGAUUUUUUUGGUGGUGGAUGUAUUAUUCGACUGAUUAGUUUUGGAGGUCCCAUUUUCCUGUUCAGAAUUUGGUUAAUAAGACUCUUUGACCUUUGUCUUCAGCAAAUAAUUAAGCAAAGUAUGGUUACACUUUUAUACAAUGCAUGUAAAAAUGGUAUUUUGAGGGGUUUCCCCCCUUUGGGCUUUUUUUUUGGGGGGGGGAGGAGUAAUUCAUAAUAACCAGAGCAUAUUCAGCUCCACCUUUUAUUGUUUUUGCAUGGAGAACAUGACUUAGAGUGGAGGUAAAGUACCUGGUAACCUAGGUAAACUACUCUCCCCUCCUGAACUAUGACUGUAACUGUUAUUUGUACUGGGUCUUCCAAGGCCUUUCUCAGAGAUUAAAUUAAUUGAUCACAUUUUGUUUUCGAAAAGUUCCAGACCCCAUUCAGUCUACAAAAUGUCCUUAGAUGGGACUUGUUUAGUCUUCUGCUUGUGAUCUUGGUGAGAUAUUAACAGCCGCAAUGUUUAAUCAUGGCUUUGGUUAUUCCUAAACUUAGGCUUCCAAGCACUGUAGGACUGACUCUCUCAUCAACUUAAGAUCCAGGGUUAGAAAUCACUAGAUCAGAUGGACUAAUUUACUCUGGCACAAGACUGAUUCUUAAAUAAAUGAGCUUAAAGUUCCCACAUAUUCUAGCAUGCUAUUUCUGUAUAAAUAUAUUCCAUGUAUUUUCUACUAGCCCUGGCACCAUACUUAAAAAGGAGCCUGUGUCAUACAGUGGGUAUCCCACCCCCUCAACUGUGAUAAAUGUCAGUGUUUCAGAUUUCCAUUAAUAUGCAUAAAAUAUUUUUCUUAAAAUGGGAAAGAAUGCGAUAGGAUGCCAAAUUUUUAAUGUAUUUAUAAAUUUUAUUACAAUCCAUAAAGCAUGUAUUUUAGGUAAUCAAAUAUAUCUUCUUUAUUUUACUAUUAACAUAUUUACACUCAGGUCUUGUAACAGUGUGGUUUGUAAAGUCUUUGUAAAACAAUAAAUUUUACUUUUGUAAUCUACUAGUCUAAAUCCUUGGAGAACUGUUUCAAUAUUUAAAGCAAACAAGUCAAAACCUUUUUCAGUGCUAUCAAAAAGAAGAAAAUGGGAUAAUCAUUUAUAUAAAGUAACAAAAGCUGAAACAAGCAUUAGAAAUAAUGUUUUCUCCAUUAGCAGUUCUUACUGCACGUGGGAUAGAGAUGUCUAUGUUCUACAUAUAGAAAUUUUCUUAGAACAGGGAUUCUCAACCUUUCAACCUUUGACUCCCAGAAUUCUGGGAAUUGAAAUCCACGCAUCUUAAACUUGCUAGGGUUGGAAAACACUGCCUUAGAACACAAGUAAGUUUUAGAUGCUCACCAUUCUUUACAGAACUACUCUUACAACUAACAGAACUGCUUCCUCAGACACCUACAUUUAUGCAAAAUAAGGGAUGGGGAAGCUGUGCUCUUCUGAAUGUUACUGGAUUCCAACAUUAAGCCAACACAUUUAAGGCAUAGGCAUUAUGCACAUUCUAAUUCAUAAUUUAAGCCACUUUCUGGAUUGCAGUCACCGAAACAUUACCGCACAUGCUCACUUAUAAGCCAUAUUUAUAAGAUAAGCCGACCCUUAAUUUUUUUUUUGUUUUAAUUUUCACAGUUGGUUUAUCUGCAUGUGAUGUAUUUUAUGGUAUUUUGGUUAAAAUUCAAGGGUUGAUUUAUCUGCAAGUGGGCAGAUUGGUAGAUACAAGGGUGCAAGGGUACUUUAAAAAUAAUAUUGCCACAUAUACUUGCACAAUUUUGGAGUGUUAUUUUGGCUCCCAAAAUUCUUGGUUUAUUCAUGAGUCUCUACAGGACUCCAAGAUCAGGUAUUUUAGAUCUUCAGCCUAACAAAAGUUGCAUAUAAUUCAUAUACAUGUUUUCCAGAUGUUGCAAAUGCUAUAUAGAAGGCUAAAUUUCAGUUCCUCUUUUUUCUCUCUUGUUCAUAUAAUAUAGUUGCAUCAUAUAAUAUAGUUGCAUCAGGCCUAACACCACAUAUAAUUUGCUGCUUCUUGCCCAUUUCUAAACACAACUUUUAUUCCUUGUUGUAGCAGAACUUUAAAAGAGAAUGGGUAGAACUUGGUGCCUGAAAUAAGCUGUCUACCGAUAUGGGCAAAGCUUAUGAAAAAUAUCCAAGUACUGGCUAUCUCAUUUUAAGAGUCUUCUCACUAACU